AUGAUUGCGGAAGGUAAACCUUUCAAGGGAUUUAUCCUCGACUUUGAUUACAGUAGUUUCUGGAUGGACGUACAAGCAAAGAAGAACCUCGUACCCGCGAUCGUCGGCGCUGUCCUGGAGGCUCGCAAACGGUACGGCGACCGUCUCUUCGAAGAAGGAGACUCUGCGAGAAUGAAAAUGCUCAGUGUCGGCGAUAAUGUGAUGCGCGAAUUGAAAGAGAGAGCGGGAACACCAGCUUUCAUGGCCAUAGAAUUUCUCGGUAGACAUACGCCAAUCGUGCAUGAAGUUCAUCACGAUCUGGAAUCUUUUUACUGGCUUUUGAUCUGGCUCGUGCUCAGGCAUACCAAUGAUGACCAUCACCAUGGCUCCUCGGCUGUUUUCCGAGGUGACGAAAAUUUGUGCAGAACUCACAAGAUUGUGUUUCUUCUUUUUGAAACACUGACAGUUCGAGGGAAUGCUCCUCUGACGCAUCUUCUCAAAUCCUUGGCGGCUCUAGUCAUGAAGUCCAUCUGUUGGGCUAAUCUGAAGACCGAUAUUGUACGCCUCACACACGCAGCAUUCUUGCAGGCACUGAAUGAAUGA